AUGUUCGUCACUGAACUGUGUUUCAAAGACAAGUGGUCUCAGUGUAAAGAGGCGGGGAACAGGCUGACAAUACACAGGGACAACGUGACUCUACGCUGCUCCUACGACAGUCAGGUGUUGAUGCACUUCUCCUGGUACAGACAGACCUUAGGAUUCAGGCCGGAGCUCCUAUCUAGUGUUUACAGACAUGAUGAGCCGUCUAAAGUCUUCCACUGGUUGGAGGAGAAUCCUCGUUUCUCUGUGCGGAGGGAGGAAGGGAAGAAUCAUUUACACAUCUCUGACGUCCAACUCUCAGAUUCGGCUUCGUACUUCUGCGGAGGAUCGCACUCCAACAUGUUGGAUUUUGGAGAGGGGGUCUUUUUAAGUGUCAGAGCCAGACUCCAGGAACACCAGGACAUUGUCCAGGGGCCUGUAUCUGAGACCGUUCCCUUAGGAGGCUCUGUGACUCUCAACUGUACAGUUCUCACUGGAACCUGUGAUGGAGAACACAACGUUUACUGGUUCAGACACGGGUCUCGCCACGGCAUCCUUCACACAAACAGUGAUCAGUGUGAACGCACCUCUGUACCAGGGUCUCCCUCACACAGCUGUUCAUACCACCUGCAGAGGACCAACCUCAGGGCCUCUGACGCCGGGACCUACUACUGCACUGUAGCCUCCUGUGGCGAGAUACUGUUCGGCAGCGGAAGCGAGCUGCUGAUCCCAGACGACCAAACGGCACAGAUGAGAACCUUGGUUUGGCUCUCCAUCAUUAGAACUGGGAUUCUCUUGCUCUGUCUCACAGUGUGUCUCUUGGUUUACUUCACAAACGGCUCAGUUCGUCCUUAAAGCUCUGACUUCAGCCGGUUAUUUCAACUUAAAGGUUCAGUGUGUAAGAUUUGGGGGAAAGGGAUCUAUUGGCAGAAAGUUAAUAUAAAAUAAUCCUACUGAUGUUUUCACUUGUGUGGUUCAUCUAAAUUGUACUAAUUGCUCUUUUCUUUACCCUAGAAUUGAUCCUUUUUAUAUUCAAAUACUUUAAAUACUAUCAGGAGUGGGUUCUCUCUACGGAGGCCGCCAUGUUUUUACUGUAGCCCAGACUGGACAAACUAAACACUGUUUGAGUUUUUAUAACAACUGA